UAAUUGUAAACGGCUUCGCGUAUUCAAAUUUACUGUGCGUGGUUGUUCUGCUGCGCUUUUGAAUAAUUUCUUGGAUUCGCAAGAAGAUGGUUAUCUUGAAGAACUUUGCAUCAAGAUUACCAUGGCUCCUAGAACAUUAUUGGCUGGCUUGACACCAUCUGUUGUUGCAAAAAUUACUGAUUUACGUAUAAAUGGACUUCAUAUUGAUCAUGCGAUGGAUAAUUUAAGAUUUCGGAAACUCCAAUCUUUGGACUUGAGUGAUUGCCAUAGUGUUGAUGAAAAAACAUUCAAUGCGUUGGAAUUUGGUCAGAUGAUAACUGAAAUCAACCUUUCGGAAACAAAAGUAUCAGAAGAAGCCAUAGUAGCACUUGCUACUCAUUGCAAACAUAAUCUUAGAAAAUUGAUUAUGUUGCCAUGUGGUGCUGCUGAUUCUGUUGAACAAGGUAUCAAAGCACUCGCGACUCAUUGCCCUAAUCUCAUAGAAUUCAGGUUGGAUGUAAUUCGUGUUGAGAUAAGAGCUAUAAUGGAGUUAGUUCAAUCGUGUAAAAAGUUGCAAAUUUUAGUUCUUGGUGGAGUUGAUGUAAAUAAUGAAGACUCUUUACUUGAUGAACUUAUGCACUCCAUUCGUGUUAACAUCGGAGAAUCCAUAUGUGCUCUUGAUGUGAGAGAAUGGACUAUAAGUGACCAGGCCGUGAUUGAUUUGGUCAGUGCCUGCCAUAAUUUGAACAAACUGGUUCUAAGAUAUUGUCGUAAUGUUAAUGAUGAUUGCAUAACGAAAAUCUGUCAACACCUUGCUGGAACACUUAGACACCUUGAUGUGGCCAAUUGUCCUCUGGUAACUCCAAAUGGAAUUGUAACUGCUGAAGAAGAAUUAGUGAAUUGCAGAAUAAUUCAUGCUUCUAGACUAUUACUAUAA